AUGAGAAUCGACGACAUAAAAUUUAUUCUUUGUUGGACCAUGAUUGUUCGUCAAUAUGUGAUACAAUGUAGUGUUGCUUAUAUAACCUACUGUCCAUGCAUGGGUCGGCUUGGAAACCAGAUAGAACAGUUCCUAGGUAUGAUUGCAUUUGCAAUUAAACUAAACCGUACUCUUGUUUUGCCUCCAUGGAACAUUAUGUCAUCUUUACAGGCUAAUUUUGUGCCUUUUGGAAACUUAUUCAACAUCACUACACUUCUACCAGUUCAUCAGUUUGUUUCACUGGAAAGUUUUAUGUUGAAUGAAGCUCCUGUCAUCUGGCCAGCAGCUAAACGUACAGCGUUAUGCUUUCGACCUAGAUCGGGUCCUUUAUUUAAUGAUUGUAAUGCUAAAAACGGGAAUCCUUUCAAAGAAUUUUGGGAUAAAUUUAAUGUCAGUUUCACAGGUUCUAGUUUCUAUUUUCCUCUAAGUACAGAUGAUCCUAAAGAGAAGUGGGAUCAGUUAUUUCCUUCAGAAACUUACCCAGUUCUUGCAUUCAUUGGACCGCCUUCGUCUUUCCCUGUUCGUCCUGAAAACCGUCAAUUCCAUCGUUAUUUAGAAUGGAAUAGUCAUAUUAAUCUAGUCACCGAGAAUUUUAUAAAUCGAUGGUUAAAUAAACCUGUAGUUGGAGUUCAUUUACGUAAUGGAGAGGAUUUUUCAAAUGCUUGCUCACAUUUAAAAAGUGGUUUACGUAUCUUGUUCUCAAGCGCUCAGUGCCAUGGUGAUUUUAAUGAACUUCCUCCUUACAAAGUAACAGAAGAUAUGUGCAUCCCAUCAAAAGAAUUAGUUCUUCAUACAAUUUCGUACGGUGUUCGUUUAAUUAAAGCAAAAACUAUAUAUGUAUCUACUGAUAAUGAUCCUAUGUUGUCAUUAAUUCGCCGUCACUUUAGUGAUACAACUGUAAAACGUGUUGUGUGGGAACCUAAUCGAAAACCUGAAGAAGAUUUGGCAUUGUUAGGUAGAAUCGAUUUAGCUAUCCUCAAUUGUGUGUCAACUUACUCUGCUGCUGUGAAACGUGAACGGGAUGCAAAGAAUUUACCCAAGGAUUGGAAGUAUUGUGCAAUUCGACAAAUAAAGCUGUCAACUACUGGUGGUCGAAACUGUACCAAAAAUAAGUUCUUAGUGUAUCAUAUCACCACGAUUGUAAAGCUCAAUUGUGCAGGUCGUGCUACGUGUAACGACCUUGAGGAUGAGAUGGAAAGAUCGCCUGUCAUUAGUGUUGUGUUUCAUCUUCGAACAAUGAUGCUUAUUACUCUUCUAACUCUGGUGGACGUAUAUUUCAUCAAAACAGCAUACUGGAAGCCAGCUACACACGGAAUAUCCGUACAUUUGGCUUUGGGGAUAGAGUAUUUCAUUUUAAUAUUGAGUCUUCUAUCGACUACUGUACGUUAUAUUUUACAUUCGAUUGACUCUAUGCGAGAACAUUCCUGGAAUAAGAAAGCUACGUAUCUCUUAUAUGUGGAUAUUCUCAUUGGAUUUAUUCGUUUGGCUGUGUACGUUGAGUUUACGUUCAUCAUGUGGUCACUGCAUCCGUUUCCUUUAUUUAUCGCGCGACCUAUCUAUCUUAGCAUCAGAUCACUAAAAAAGGCGAUUCGAGAUAUGUUGAUGUCACGUCGUGCCAUUCGAUACAUGAACACAGUUUUCCGCGAUGCCACUCCAGAUGAUUUGGCUUCCUCCUCAGAUACUGUUUGCAUAAUCUGUCGUGAAGAAAUGAAUCUUCAGACAGAUAAUAUACCAUCGGUUGGGACUUCAGCUCUUAAAAGGUUACCUUGUUCUCACAUUUUCCAUUUUGGUUGUCUACGUUCGUGGUUUCAACGUCAACAGACUUGUCCAACCUGUCGAAUGGAUGUCAUACGUGAAGCUAGAGUGCAAGAAAGACAGCGACAACAACCUCAUCGUUCAGCAACUACCAAUAAUACACAACCAGAAAGCUCAACAACUUCUGGUCCAUCUAAUUCAACUGCGACACCAUCUAUUGCAGCUAAUAAUCAAAACUUAUCAGUGCCAUGGAUGCCUCCUGCAAAUGCAUUCCCGUUUUAUCCACCAUUUAUUCCUCCUACUAAUAAUUCAACAACUACACAAGCUCAGACAGUCUUUCCGUCUGUGCCUCCUUUAUACAUACCACCCUUUAUGGGGAUGCCUAUAAUAUACCCUGGUAACUUGUUCUCUAGUGGAAAUACUCCUAUGCCAGAACCGCCCUCUGGACCACCUGAAUCAACUGAUGAAGCUCGUCUUCGUGCCAGUGCUGAAGCCCGUUUCACCGCUUUACGUCAAAUAAAUGUACUGUUGAAUGCAGCUGUCCUGCAAAUGAAUGCUUACCUCAAUGCGGCUAGCACUCCUCCAAGUGAAUUAGAACCUAUGACUUCUAUUAACACUGUCCUCAACACCGACGAUGUGGGAUCAAAUAAUGAAGGAAAGGGAGCCUCAAAUAGUGAUGUAAAUUCUCAGUUAGACUCGGAUGGUAAGAGUCCCCUUGCAUCAGAAGACUCGGAAUUUACGGAAGUUCGUAAACGUAGACUAGAACACUUUGAAUGCUCGUCUGGAGAAAUCACAUCAAAGUCUAACUCUGAACUUAAUGAUGUGUCCAAUUGA